CAAAGCACUAACGACCUCGGUAUACAGUACUGAGACCUGUCCACAAUGCUAAUGCAUCUGGUAUACCUAAUUGCUAACCAAGAAGUGUUGGCCGGCUAUCUGUUUGACAUAGUUCUUUUUCAGUUGUCCGGUGAGUGUUAAAAACGUCGGGGCAAAACUGUUAAAUAGCUUCGACUAACGAGAACCCAUAAAAUCAAUAGGGGUUUUUGAGAAAAAGAAAUUCAUGAUAGAACAAUAAUAUAUAUAAUAUAUUUAAUUUUUAUCUCAUCAAGAAGUGAUUAACUGAGCUAUUUACACUCGAUAAACAAUAAAUUCAAAGGAAUUAAACAAUUUGUCCAUCUCGGGAUAUAAACGUUAACCACCGAGUCGUAAUUGCCUUGAGGCCGUGUGCAGGGUUGAAAGACGAAUCUACAGUCGAAAGGAAGUGGAUGGAGGGAACGCUGGGGCUCAAGUCACGCGGGAUAAGUCGUAGACUGCAGAAACUAACAUUGGAAACUAGCUGUGUGUUCGCCUGGCUGGAGCAACUCUCCCUCCGCAACACUUGCCACGGCGAUGAAGUAUACGAUAGCACGUACACUGUUGCAGAUACAUUUAUGUGUGAUAUAGAGGCCUGAGGGUAUAGAAUUCAAACUCAAGUCGUUUCACAUUCACUUUAAUACCAUGCGGCUUCUGUUUUGGAUUGUUCUGUUUGUCAUGGCAGUUGGGUGUGAUGUUGUACGGCUACAUCGGGCGAAGAGAGUCGUUGCUUUCAGGAAAGGUAGCACUUUUUUCUAUCGAUUGAACUACAAAAUUAAUUCGAUUCCAUGGACCACGAUAUUUGCCCAAGCAUCGGGUUUCAAAGUAGCAUGGCCCUUGCCGGACGGUACACGCUCACGCAGAUCUCUCCCGGAUUUGCAUUCGGCCGCUCAACACAUGUACGAGAGUCAUGGAUUCGAUGGCCAGGCCUGCCUCGCCAAGAACAUCUGUGAAGCAUUGAACAAUGCCAGGCGCAGAGGCGGUGCCAUUGGAAAGAUAUUAAAAUUGCUCGCCAGUGCAUCGAAUUCCGACUGGACUGAUGCCGAGAACCCUCUAGUUGAUUGUGAGCAACACAGUGCAGCAUGUCCACUGCAAUUGAUCAGUGUUGCGGGCUUCUCGGAGAUGUGAGGCCUUUGUCACGUGGUUAGAUAUUAUAUAAAGAUAUCAGAUUAUUUCAUAUUAUUUUAUUAUUAUUCCAAUAGAAAAAUUAAUUGGAU